CCCGACCAAAAGGGGAGGGCACACGUAAAGAUAUUUAAGAUGCAUACAGACUGGACCCUUUAGUGAGAGGAGAGAGCAAAGGCCCUAGAACAGCUGCGGCAGAAACGGCGCAAGAAUAAAAAGCCAGACGGCCCCAGCAAGGACCAGAGACUGCACUCAAACCAGCCCACGCUUUCUCAGACAAACAGUCUACCAUCAGUGUUUCAAGAACGCACCGGCACAGCCUCAAGACAGACACCUCCAGGACCGGCAGUCAUCUCCGCCCAAAGAGGAUCAACGGUGCCUUCUUAAAGUGGGACCAUGAGAACAGCAACGGCUAGGACAGCGGUCGUAGCGGUCGCGCUGCUGCUCGUGGUGCUGUGCCCGACGUGGGCCCAGGUGCCCCCAAAGAAGCGGGCGGUGCCAGCCAAGGCGGCCAGGGCUCAGUGCUGCGACGAGGUGCGUGUGCUGAAGGUGCAGGUGGCCAACCUGAGCAGCCUGCUGGAGGACAUGGGAAGGAGGCAGGAGGCUGACGUGAGGAGCCUGGUUCGGCAGGUGCUGGAGCUGGAGAAGCAGAACCAUCAACAAGAGGCGCGCGUGACUGAGGCGGAGAGCAAGUACUCGGAGAUCCACAACCGCGUGGAGAUCAUGCAGCUGCAGGCCGCACAGGCAGCCCCGCACACCACCUCAGAUGCAAUUUAUGACUGUGCAUCACUGUACAACAGAAACUACAAAAUUUCUGGGGAGUACAAAUUACCAAAAGAUGAUUUUCUAAGAACACCUGAUCUGGAUGUGUACUGCGAUAUGGAGACGAAUGGAGGCGGCUGGACGGUAAUCCAGAGGCGGAAGGUGGGUUUGACCAGCUUCGACCGGGACUGGAAGCAAUAUAAGAAUGGAUUUGGUACAAUUCGUGGAGACUUCUGGCUCGGCAAUGAGCACAUCUUCCGUCUGACCCGACAGCCCACGGUGCUCAGGAUAGAGCUGGAGGACUGGGAGGGCGAGGCGCGUUAUACCGAAUAUGGCUUCUUCACACUGAGCAACGAGCUGAACAGCUACAAGCUCUUCCUAGCCAACUACAGCGGAAACGCCGGAGACUCUCUCCGCUACCACAACAACACCAACUUCAGCACCAAGCACAAGGACAACGACAAGUGUGUAGAUGAUUGUGCCCAGCUUCGCAAAGGUGGGUACUGGUACAACUGCUGUACUGACUCCAAUCUAAAUGGCAUGUUCUACCGCUACGGCGCCCACACCAAGAACAGUGAUGGCAUAACCUGGUAUGGCUGGCAUGGACCAAACUAUUCCCUCAAACGGGUGGAGAUGAAGAUCCGGCCCCAGAACUUCACCCCUUGAAGCACUUUGCGUACAAAAACCCCCACAAACCUUGCUUACCAUGUACAAAGUCUAUGCAGCACCCACUAAUACUUGCACCUAUACCUGAAAAAACAUCUCUAUGCAUUUGUACUACAGAGCCUUUCUGGACUGAAUGUGUGAUGUAUGAUUGUAAAUUGUAGUUUUGAUAUUUAUCGUAAAUGUUUUAUUUUCUUUACGCUUUUCUGGAACCAUUUGUGCCACUGAAUAAUAAGGCAUAAAAUAUCUAGUAAACUUGCUAGAUAAAUUUAGCAAAUAAAUUUAUUUUUGGUAAAUUCACAGAUAAAUUACACUGAAUUGUGUAAAUGUAAAAUGUGUACAGUUCUAUAUGCCACUGAAUGAUGAAAUAAAUUGUAUUUUUAAAAAA